AUGUUCCGCCGAAUUGCCCUCCUUCGCGACCACCGCGAGAAUAUCAUUCGUAUUUUCCGUGAGAUGGCCGACUUGAAUAAUGCGCUAGGGGAGAAGUACAAGGUUGCCAGCUACAGCCGCGCCAUUGAGAGCCUCAAGACGAAUCUCGACAAGCCGCUAAACUCCCCUGCGGAUCUGAAGGCCUUCACGGGCUUCGGCGCGAAGCUGCUGAAAAAGGCUGAGGAGAUCAUGGCGACAGGGAAGCUCGAGGAGUUGGAAAGCAAAACGAAGCCGAAGCUCAAGGCGAUUCAGGAGCUUACGCAGGUCCACGGAUUCGGCCCCCGCGCGGCGGCGGCGCUGUUCGACCGGGAGGGCAUCUUCACCGUGGAUGAGCUCCUCGCCAAGGCGGAUAGCAUCCCCUCCCUGACGGACCAACAACGCGUCGGGAUCAAAUACUUCUACGACAUUAACGAGAAAAUCCCGAUGCAGGAGAGCGUGCAGCAUGAGAACUUCCUCGCGGAGAAGUGCGCGGAGCUGCUCGGGAGCGGGUAUGAGGUGCAGAUCUGUGGAAGUUACCGCCGGCGGCAUCCGUUUAGCGGGGACGUGGAUGCGAUUCUCUCGCGCACGCGCGAGGCGCCCCCGCUAAGCGAGCCCGUCGCCGCCACCGGCGUCCUCUCGACCUUUGUGGAUUACCUCACGGAGAAGAAAUACCUCGAGGCGACGAUGGCGCAGGGGCCGUUGAAAUACAUGGGGAUGGGCCGUUUACCCCCUCGUGUGGUCCGGGAUAAGGCCGGGCAGGAGAGCCAGAAGAUGUACAAGGCGCGUCGGGUGGACAUCCGGCUGAUCGAAACCAAAAGCGUCCCGACGGCGCUCCUGACCUUUACCGGGAGUAAAAACUUCAACGUCAUCAUGCGACAGGCCGCCAUCAGCAAGGGCUACCUGUUGAACGAGUACGGGCUCUUCAAACUCGGCACCCCGGAGGAGGCCAAGGCGCUCUACGAGAAGCUCGGCAUGCGGGGAAAGAACGCCGGCGAGGAGCUCGGCGUCCCCAAGGACGAGCUCGAGGAUAAGCGGGUGCCCGUGACGUGUGAGCAGGACGUCUUUGACGUGCUCGGGAUGCCGUACGCGAAGCCGGAGAAUCGGGAUCCGUAA